CGGACGGCAAGCGUUGCCGCGCUGUCCUGUGGCCGAGGCAGGCCACAGGGCAGCUCGAAUGGCGACGCCUGGCGCUUUCCGGCAGCCCUUCGGCGGCAUGAAGCUGCCCCACGGAACACCAACCAGUUUGGGGGCGCUCCGCCUCGCCAUGGUGGUGGCCUUUUGUACCUUCGGCACACGGCACCGCUGCGACGUCUCCGCACCUCGCAGCACCUGUGGCGUGUCUCUCGGACGCCAUCGACGCGUUGCCGCGCCGCGCCGCGGUUCUCCGUACCCCAAGAGGCCAGCAACCACCUGUGCUCCAUCCCAACCAACAAUGCGCGGCGUCGCGGCGGAGGGCAUCUCGACGCCGUCGUUCGGCCUCGUCGGGCCGCGUUACGCGCUGCGCGCCGCCGAUGCGCCGCCCUCCUGCUCGUCGCUCCUCUCCGGCGGCCCGCCGCGGCUCGACAAGACGCACGGCGCGACACCCGCGGCCGCCGGGCUGGAGGGCGCGGCGGGCGCCGAGCCCGUCGAGAGACGUGCCCGUCGUCUAGGCGGCAACCACACUUCGCGCGCGUCGCUAGACGGCGUCGAGGAGAUGGCGUGCGGCGGGGCCGACACGCUCCGCGACGCUCGUAAAGCGCCUGGCGACGACCCGACGCGCAACGGCCACGACGUUCUGCGCGUCCACGCAUCUCUAAAGAACGCGCUCGCGGCGCCAGACACGCCGUCGACGCGCGAGGCGCCGAUCACGGAGACGUCGCUCGCAGUCGUCGCGGGGAGCGCGCGCCGCCACCGUCCAUUCGGCCGCAUGCUCGGCGGCGCCAGCACGAAGGGCAUGGUACUGAAGAAGCUUGCGUCAGCAGAUGAGAAGAGGGUCUGGAGGGUCCUCGAUGAGAGCAUCGACCACGGCGACCCUCAAAACGAGGACACGUUGCGCAACGACGUCGUGGACGCGCUCGGACGCCGCGCCCAUUGUAACACGCUCAAGUUACUGGGCUGGGACUUCGCCUGGGCCGACGUGGCAAAUGAGUCCGUGCAACCGAUUGAGUUCAAGCGGGUCCUAUACACCACAGACACUGUAAUACAUAGGAUUGCGGCGCGCUGCUCUGACUCAAGAUAUGGCCGGCUUCGUCUCGAAACAAAGGAUUUGAAUAAUAUGCUCGGCGCGGAGUACCUUUUGAAUCAAUCGAAGUGGCUCGCCGAGGCGGAUCGCAAAGGUUGGUCAGGAAGGGAAUUGGCCCUGGCGCGUCUCGAGAUAGAACAGGCCGACGGCAUGCCGUUGGUUUUCCUCGAUCCUCGAGGCAAACGGCUCGCGUACAUGUCCACCAAAGCGCUCGGUCGACUGGUGGGUUCGGAGCACCUCAUCCGGAACGGUUUUCGGAAGGCCCGUUGCACGAAGAGCGCGCAUGUCCACUUCACCGUCAGUACGAGCGGCGACCAUGUGUUUUACUGCAAGCAUCCCGGGUUUGUUGACGGUGACGAGGAGGGCGAGGAGCUGGGCAAUUCCUCCCACGUCAAGUACGCAUUCUACGACAUCAAGAUCUUCGUUAAACCCGACGGCCAGUUGGGAAAAAUCGAGUGCAGUGGCACGUUCAUUGAGGACGAGUCAGUCUCCUUCGAUUCCGUCGAGGCCUUCGAGAACCACCGAGACGUCAAGGCCGCUAAUUUAAGCUUCGACGGGAUCGGCGAGAAGCUGUUGUACGUCAACCUCAACAUUAGUACUCAAAGCCCGCUCUACCUGGGCUUGCUCUCGCAGUCGUCGGACCGGCUCGCCACGAAGCUGGACGCUGCUCUAGCGCUGGACAACUUCCGAGAUGCGGAUGAUGAGCUGUCCCUCAAGUUCCCCAUCGAAGUCAUCACGGGCUACGACGUCAAAUCGAUGAGGGACAUGUUCGACAUGUCCUACGAAGACUUUCAACGGAAGCACCAACACGACGAGUGGGGUGACGAGGAGCGCGAGUUCAUUGAUGGCUUCCUGUGCGCUCCAGUGUGAACAGACGCCGCGUCGACGGCGUGGAGGUCGACGCGAUGAUUCAGCACAUGAACUUUGAUUUCCGCACAGGCGCGCUGGAGGAGUGUCGCGGGCGUCGCCUGGCUACGACCGCCGCGCCAAGACUGCGUUCGUCAUGCAGCUCUGCUCGGCGGCGUGGUAUGCCAACCGUCAGCAACUGAACCGCUCGAACCUCGCGCCACAGAACGCGACGUACGGGGCGAUUGUGAGGGAAUGGACGGACUGCGGCUAUACUGGCGAGGACGGCCAGAAAACAUCACCCCAACGCAACGAGAUGGAGUCGAUGAUGUGUAGAGAGGACGACGAUCGACCGGUGGUCUACGUGCUCGAGAACGAGGAUUUCCACGUCGACGGCGAGAACUGCAAGGUCGUCGUGCUCGAGGCGACGACUGCGACGUUAGCUAGGGUGCGGGUGAUGAAGAUCGAACCGAACGACUCGCUCAAGGCGCGCUGUUAUUGGGCAUGCCUAGUCAUGAACGAGAUGGCCAUGUCAUUGUGCGCCAAGGAUGUUCUGGAACGCAUGCUGGCGCAGUCUCUCAUCGCUCGCGUUUUUGAAAAGGCGGGCAUGCGCCUGCUCGCGCGACCAACAAGUGGUGUUGCGUUCAACGCAUUGAUAGAGGUGCGCGUCGGCGUCGCCGGCGCGACGCGCAGAAUCCCUAUAUCGAUCAUUCACGGUUCAAACGCUCUCAUGGUCAAGCUCCACGGCUAUGCGUCGCCGAGACGCGCGGAUGUCGCCGGUGCGUCGCCGACGCUCCAGUACUCGUCGCGCGACGGCGCCAACACGAUCCACGGCCUACUUCUAAUGUCGAACCCAUUUCUGGCCUUUACUCUGCUACCUCUGCGGGGCAUCUUCUUCUCGCUCGCGACGACGGUUCUCAAGACUCAUACCACGGCGUUUGAUGUGGACUUUGGCUCGUGCUUGGUGCGACGGGAAUCGGGCGCCGCGACGAAUCUUGUUAUCAGCGGCUUCUCGGAGGAGGGGGGGUUACAUCAACAACAGUUAUUGGAAGCACUCGAGGGCGUCCUCCGCCGUGUGAAGAAACGCCAAGCCGGUCAGCUCCCGGCCAUCGCGCUGGACGCGUCCGAGACCCCUGGUCUGCUACGCCGAGUCGUCGAGGACCUCUUCGCGCACGCCGUCGCGGGCGCAGCGGACGCUCUGAGACUGGAAGAAUCGCCUGGGGCGGCGGCGAAACGAUCGGAAGCUGCACGGAAGGCGCAUGCUACGAAGGCAGCGUUGAAGACGGCGCGACGUUCCGCUAUUGGAGUUUCCGCUCGCACGCGUGGCGGACCGGCCGCCCUAAGAGAAGCCCGACGCGCUCCUGCCCCGGCACCAGCCCCGGCACCUGCGCCCGCUCCGGCGCCGGCCGCCGCACGUCCCCGCGAACAUGCGCCGUCGCCGCGCACGCUCGAAGCGGACGUAGAAGCUUUACUGGGCAAGAUCAGUCCGGCGAUGACUGGAAGCGGCCUACUGUUUCCCAUCUUUGCGUCGCGCGUCGGCGAUGUGAUCAGCUACGCCCCGUAGUUUACCAGUGUGGACAUUUCAUGACUUCGACGGGCCUCGACGCGACUCUCACUGGUUCAUUUCCACGUAGGAUCGCGCUGCUCGGACCGGAGCGACCGACGGCCCAGGAUGAGCGCCAGGACAAUGUUCGACAGAUUGCCAUAGAUUCGCAGAGGGGUCCAGAGCGUGAAGCCGGCACGACUUCAGAGUUCGUGUUAGCUACGCCUCUUGGGAGGAAGGGGAUGCCAGGAGGUGGGAGUACACGCUCUUAUCAGUUCGAACCUGGCCCACGCUACUGCGUCACGGACAUCAAGGGUUUGCAGAAGCCCAAGAUUGAGUUUACUGAAAUCGGCGACGACGGCAAGCCGAUUGACGGUAGGGUGGAAGAGAGGAAACUGGAUUCGUUGGACGUGCAGUCGCUCAACAAAAAGUUUGCCGUCGCGAAAGAUCUCGGAGACGGGAAGUACGGUCAGGGCGGGCGGGCCGGGUCCAUCCUCAAGAAGAUGAUCGAGGCGGAGCUCGCCAACAAGCGGGCCAACCCAACGCCGCAGGCGCGGGGACAUGCACGCCGCGCGUCGAGACCUCCACCGCCUCCGCAAUCGACGCUCCCGCCGCGCUGGCCUCCGGCAUCUACACCCGCACCGGCUCCGGCUCCGUCGAAGAAGCGGAAGCCCGCGGCGCAGAAUAAGAAACCGGCCGCCAAGAAGAAGAAGAAGCCGGCCGCCAAGAAGCCGGCCGCGCGCAAGGCUUCGAAGAAGAGCGCGCGCCCGGCGCGGGGCGGCGACACAAUCGACAAGUGGGGCAAUCGACGAAUUCGCCUUUCUGAGGUAGAGAUACUGGAGGAGGAGGAGGAAUUCUUUUUGUACGAGCUACAAGAGCUGCCGUCUGUGGAUGCGAAAUGUCUCUUUGAGUUCAUGGAGGAACAAGGUCGCGUCUUUUGCAAGGAGGAGCCGGCGGGGCACUGCUGCCUCGCUGGACCCGAGCGUGCCUUACUCUGGUCACGAGGCGAUUUGACCACGGCCUGGCAGCCUCUCCCCGACGGCUGGCACAGAGACGUGCGGCGCUACAUCGCCUCUGAGCUCGACCAGAGCACGGACAUGUUCCAGUCGAUCUUAGACUACGAAUCGCAAUCGUAUGCCGUGAACACUGAUCUCCUAGAAGAGCUCAGCGGUAUCUCCACCUGGAUCGCUUCGGAGGGCGCCCUGCGCCCUAGAUGUGGCAGAGAAUACUUCUGCGGCGCGUGGGAACUGAUGGCCUUGGUGGGACGGGUGCCCGGGCGCAUCUUCGUGCUCGAUAAAGGCACGUACGGGAUCUGCUACGAGAAGAAGCGUGAUGAAAGAGACGAGUGGACUGGUGGCGUGCACGUCAGACCCGCGAUUGAUAUUGUAAGGGAGACGUUGGACGAGGCGGACGCCGUCCUGCUCUACAACGGUUUAAACCACUUCGACAGCUUCGUUCCUGAUAUCGGAGAACGAGUGGACCCUGAUGAAGAGGAGGAGGAGGAAGAAGAAGAGCCGUCCCCACCUGCCCUCGGUCCCAGAGCCGACGCCGAGCUCGCGCGAGUGAACACGUGUAAAGAUCCUUUGACGCCGGACGAGCAAAAGGAGGUGGACAGAGCUUGGGAGGCCAGAGCGAAUAAGAAACUCGUCACCUACACGCACAAUAACAGAACAUACGACGUCCUGGGAGAGGAUGCGGAAGCCCUCGGAAAAUCGGGACGCGAGGGCUGGCUCAAGUCCGAGGUGAUCAACUGUUACUUAAGAUUGCUGCAGCAACGCGACGACGCACUGCUCGCGGCCGACCCUCGACGAGGAAAGACCCACUACUUCAGUAGCUUCUUCAUGUCUCAAUGGAUGCGAGUUCGCUCGGGUCGGGUGAAAGAAGGCGAAGAGGAGGAACUGAAACGUUGGCAUAGAAAUGUGGACGUGUUCUCGUUAUCGAAGCUCUUCGUGCCGAUAUGCCACGACAACUGGCACUGGACUCUAAUUAUGGUGGACUUCGACAAUAAAAUCAUCAGGUACUUUGAUUCUGGACGUUACACCGACGGUGCAAUGUAUCUGAGAGCUAUGAAGGAGUGGCUCCAGAAAGAAUGGCGCGCCUCGCAGCAGGGCAAAUUCCCCUCGGGUUGGGGAACGCUCGGGACGACUCGCGACACGCCAAAACAGAAGUCCAACUGCGACUGCGGCCUGUUCCUGGCAUUUUCAGCUAAUUACUUAUCAUUCGGAGCACCGCUCGACUUCUCGCAGGACGACAUGGCGCAUCUUCGCCGGCGCAUGACGAUCGACAUCCUCCACGCGAAGAUUUACGAAGGCUCGCCCGCGAAGCAGAAGAGCGUCACGUGGGCGCCGCAGCUAGAGCCGGCCGCCGAGGCUUCGUCGAAGCCAUCGAAGAAGCGGGCCGCGCCGCCGCGACGGAAGCCGGCCGCCAAGAAACGGGCCGGGCGCGGAGCUUCGAAGAUGAGACGCGAGGCCCGGGAUCCCGAGCGGGACGACCAUCGGACGCGACGAAUCACAUAUGAAGAGCUCAAAGAUAAAUUUGACGAUUAUGAUGAAACGUCCAUCGAACGCUUGCGGCUGACGGCGGAGCAGGACAACAUGUCCUACAAUGAAUUAGUUACACUCUUCGAGUAUAUGGACAGCCACGGUCGAGUCUUCUGCGAGGAAGAGGGCGACGGGCACUGCACACUCGCGGGACCCGAGCGCAUGCGGCUUUGGUGCGCUGGCGAAUUGAAAAGUGCCUGGCAACCGCUCGACCAUGACGAAGAAAACGAGCUCGAAGACGAUGACAAUGCUUGGUACGAACCGGUGCGGCGCUAUCUCGCGGAUUCUCUCCAAGAGGGCAGCGUCAUGUUCAACUCUAUCUACGAAAAUGUAAAGAUGCUUCACGGUAAUGGGAUCGUUGACGACACCCUAGACGCGCACCAGUUGUAUGAUGAUCUUAAGAGGAUCAGUCCCUCGGUUGCUUCAGAGGAAGCCAUGCGGGAUAAAGCCGAGUUCGAAUACUUCUGCGGAGCGUGGGAGCUGAUGGCCUUGGCGGGACGGGCGCCCGGCCGCAUCUUCGUGCUGGAGAGCAGCCGUACGGACUAUCUCCGUACGGACGACAUAUACUGCUUCGAGAAGGACUUAGACGAGAACGACGCUUGGAACGGCGGCGUGCUUGUCAGACGCGAGCUCAAAUUGUCGGAAUUGGAUGAUUUAGAUGAUACGGACACGUUCCUGCUGUACAACGGCGAGAACCACUACGACAGCUUCGUGCCUUACGAGGGCGUGGAAUUGCAGCCUGUGGAGGAGUGAACGCGUUCGAUCCCGCGGGCGCUGCACGCGACGUCCGUCUACGAUCCUUAUUCCCGUGCCAAGGCUUGUGCUAAGAAUAAAUUGUGGAA